GCCACCAGCCUAGCCUCUUGAGAUGGCCUUUGUCCCGGCACCGGGCUACCAGCCCACCUACAACCCGACGCUGCCCUACAACCAGCCCAUCCCAGGUGGGCUCAGCGCUGGCAUGUCCGUGUAUAUCCAGGGAGUAGCAAAAGAGAACAUGAAACGAUUCCAGGUGAACUUCAUGGUGGGGCAGGACUCGGGGGCUGAUAUUGCCUUCCACUUCAACCCCCGCUUCGAUGGCUGGGACAAGGUGGUGUUCAACACGAAGCAGGCUGGCCAAUGGGGCAACGAGGAGAAGAAAAGGAGCAUGCCCUUUAGCAAGGGCACCCACUUCGAGCUGGUGUUCAUGGUGCUGGAUGAACACUACAAGGUAGUGGUCAAUGGGACACCCUUCUACGAGUACAGGCACCGGCUGCCCCUGCAGAUGGUCACCCACCUGCAGGUGGAUGGGGAUUUGGAGCUCCAGUCCAUCAACUUCCUUGGAGGGCAGGUAUGUGCUGUUCCCACCCUUCCUCAAUCCAUCCACCCUAGACCUGUGACCAUACCAGCUUAUCCAGGUUCUGGAUUUGGUCCCGGAUAUGGUCCCCCACCAAUGAGCAGUUUACCUAUCAUGCAGGGACCCCCAACCUUCAACCCGCCUGUGCCUUACACGGGGAGACUGCAGGGGGGACUUACGGCACGAAAAACCAUCAUCAUCAAAGGCUACGUACCUCCUCAUAGCAAGAGCUUUGCCAUCAACCUGAAGGUGAGCUCUUCUGGGGACCUGGCCCUGCACAUUAACCCCCGCUUGGGCGAGAAUGCUGUGGUCCGCAACAGCUUCCUCAAUGGCUCCUGGGGCUCUGAGGAGAGGAAGCUUUCCUACAACCCCUUUGGUGCUGGCCAGUUCUUUGAUCUGUCCAUUCGCUGCGGCCUGGAUCGCUUCAAGGUUUAUGCCAAUGGACAGCACCUCUUCGACUUCUCGCAUAGGUUCACCUCCUUCCAGAGGGUGGACAUGGUGGAAGUUCAAGGUGAUGUCACCUUGUCUUAUGUCCAGAUCUAAAUCAUUCCUGGGCACAACUCCUGGGAAAACAGAAAGAUCCCCAGGACA